AUGAUUCAACUCAAUACGAUCGUGAUCACAACCUUGAUCUGUUCUGUAGUUGCACAGAACAGCGGAAGCUAUCAGAAUUUCCGAACAAAUUAUCAGAAUCCAAAUAAUGUGGCAGGACAACAGUAUCCACAAUAUCAAUACCAAUUUCAACCACAACAACAACAACAAUACAAACCAGUCCAGUCAUCGCCAUCGUAUCAAUUCGAUCAGCCGCAACAGUACCAACAGGGUCCCCUUCAACAAUACCCUCAGGGGCAAGGAUCUCAGUACACCCAAGGGUCAGCUCAGCUCUACCAACAACCUCAGCAGCAGUAUCAGCAGGGCCAGAUCCAGCAAUAUCCCCAGGGGCAAGGAUCUCAGUACACGCAGGGGUCAGCUCAGCUCUAUCAACCGCCUCAACAAUAUCAGCAGGGUCAGCCCCAGUCUUAUCAACAAGGCCAGUUCCAGCAGGGUCAGAACCUGCAACAAUGGCAGCCGUACAACUCUACGACUCAGUACUCAGGAAUGAGUCAAUCGACCUCAUCGUACAAAUCCACCACCCAACCCACUUUCUCCGUUCAAUACGAUAAUCAAGUUAAGGACUGUACAGCACCACGGGUUCGUGGUGAUUUUUGCUCUGGCACACAACAGCGACAGAUGUUCUACUUCGAUUCGGUUCAGAGUUAG